CAGGUAGGGCUGAAAUUCAGGUUGUCGCGGAUACGAUCUGAGACUAUCGGCAGCGCACGUGGACAACUUAGCGAUGCGGGAUCAGACGCGGCUCAUCGUGCUGUUAGCUGCGCUCACGGCGAUACUCGGCACAGCCGUGUCGAAACCGUUAUGGACGACUUUAACUGCCGAUAAUUACUUGUAUCCGACGACGCUCGAGCUCGACGCACAACCGCAAUACCUGGCCGCCUAUCAAGGCGCGCACUCUCCGUAUUACGUUUAUAAUGUGCACGCUGCAGACGUAGGAGGUAUACCGACCACCGUCUUCGCCGCCGGCAAGCCGGAAGUCUCGCACAUCCCCGCGUACAACUUCUACUACGGAAUGCCGAUCUACGACAUUCGGAUCCCGUUGAGCCCGAUUUACCCCGUGUUGACACCAUCGCACCCGGGGCUUCCCCCCAGACCGAUACUUCCGCCGACGUCAACGCAGGAGCCAGUCGACGUAGACAUCGACGACAGCAAUAUCGAAAAGUUGGACUCGAAAGUCGAGCCUGGCACGACAAUGCCAACUAGCAGCGAGCAGGACGGAGAUUCUAUAACUGUGGAAGCGAUAUGAGAUCAUUUUCCUCAUCACGCGCGCUAAUGAAUAUGUACGUCCAAGGAAUAGAAACUUAAUUGCGGAGUGACGCACGCCUGAUGCGUUUGUUUCCUCAUACCUCGUUAUAUUUUGAUAUUCACGCUACGCUACGCUGUACGACUUACUCCGAGAGAGACGUGAGCGAUUUCUAGACCAGCUCUCUUUAUCCCAAUUGAGAGCUGCGCGCUUGGAAAUCCCACGUGUACGCGAAACAAGCAGGAUGUAUUGUCUGUACAAUAAAUGUAUGCUUCAAUGAG